UCUCUCUCUCUCUCUCUCACACACACUCUCUGUGUGUGUGGCUGAUGCGCGCCUUCAAUGCCGCACCACAGUCAUCCAUUCGCGCAUUUACAAGCGCCUUCUCCUCUCCUCUGCUCUGGUUUCUAUUCCAGUCAUCACCAUCACGACUAAUGGACUAAAACUCAGACCGAUCGUCACCACUCGCCACUCUCUACACUCUUAUCCAGUUCGGAGCUUCAAGCAUGCACAUCUGCAUCUUUGGCAUGCUCUUGUGCUGUGCCUCAGUGGCUCUGACGGCAUUUAAUGUGUCAGAAGAGCAUGGUCCUUGUCCUCUCGGUUAUUUCCCCUGUGGGAAUCUGAGCUCCUGCCUGCCACAGCUGUUGCACUGUAAUGGAGUUGACGACUGUGGAAACCAGGCAGACGAGGAUAACUGUGGAGACAACAAUGGCUGGCCUCAUUUGUUUGACAAAUACUUUGGGAUGCCCAGUAAAGACGCUGGAACCAAGUCAACCACAUGUCUACUUGGGCUCGUACCAGCCGAGUGUCAGUGUAGGGAUUUGGAGCUCGACUGCAACGGUGCUCACUUUAAAGACGUCCCUGCGGUAUCUACGAACGUCACCAUGAUGUCUUUGCAAAGGAACCGGUUGAGGAAACUGAACGCUGACAUGUUCAUUAAGUACCAAAAUCUUCAGAAGCUAUACCUACAGCACAAUCGCAUCAAAGUGGUUGAACCCUACGCGUUCCGAGGCCUUUACAACCUGACGCGGCUGUAUUUGAGCCACAAUCGAAUCUCUAGCCUAAUGCCAGGCGUAUUUCAGGACCUGCACAAACUGGAAUGGCUGAUUCUGGAAAACAACAAAAUCCACCAUAUUUCCUCUCUGACCUUUUCAGGCUUGAGCUCUCUCGUGCUGCUGGUUCUUUUGAACAACGCUCUGACAAAUGUGGAUGAUAUAUGCCUGGAGAUGCCACGAUUAAAUUGGCUAGAUAUGGAAGAGAAUCAGAUGGAGAUUGUGGACAAUAGAACAUUCUGGUCCUGUAGCAUGCUUACCGUGCUAGUCCUUCAGAGGAACAGGAUCAGUCAUAUCCACGAGCAAGCGUUCUCUCUGCUGCGCAAGCUGGGCGAGCUAGACUUAUCCAGUAACAGAAUUGAGAAAAUCUCACCGGAUCUUUUCGUGAAUCUUGGAGACUUGCUGCAGCUGAAUAUUUCAUACAACCCAAUUCAGGAGCUUCAAGUGGACCAUUUCGACAAACUGCACAAACUGAAGUCAUUGAGCAUCGAGGGUAUCGAGAUUGGGAACAUUCACAGGAGGAUGUUUGAACCUCUGAAAAACCUCACACAUAUCUAUUUUAAAAAGUUCCAGUAUUGUGGCUAUGCUCCUCACGUACGCAGCUGCAAGCCCAACACAGAUGGCAUCUCAUCAUUUGAGGACCUUCUGGCCAACAUUGUGCUGCGUGUCUUUGUCUGGGUCGUGUCUGCCACCACCUGCUUUGGCAACAUUUUCGUCAUCUGCAUGCGCUCGUACAUCCGCUCAGAGAACAAGCUUCAUGCCAUGUGCAUCAUUUCCCUUUGCUGUGCUGAUGGUUUGAUGGGUGUCUACUUGUUUGUGAUCGGGGCGUACGACCUGAAGUUCCGCGGCGAGUAUAACCGCCAUGCACAGGCCUGGAUGGACAGCUUGCCCUGUCAGGUGGUAGGCUCUCUGGCCAUGCUAUCCACCGAGGUCUCUGUUCUGCUCCUCACCUACCUCACCUUGGAGAAAUACAUCUGCAUCGUCUACCCGUUCCGCUACCUGGCGCCCGGGCGCAGGCGCACCGUCACCAUCCUGGUGGCCAUCUGGAUCCUGGGCUUCAUCAUCGCUUUCUUGCCUCUGGUGUGUAAAGGAGUGUUCAGGAACUUCUACGGGACCAAUGGGGUUUGUUUUCCUUUGCACUCUGAGCAGCCCGAGACUGCAGGAGCUCAGAUCUACUCCAUCGUCAUCUUUCUGGGCCUGAACCUCGUGGCAUUCCUCAUCAUCGUGUUGUCUUACGGAAGCAUGUUUUACAACAUCCAGAGAACAGGGACUCAGACAACCAAAUACAGCAAUCACAUCAAGAAAGAGCUCACCGUGGCCAAACGCUUCUUCUCCAUCGUCAUCACCGAUUCCCUGUGCUGGAUACCAAUUUUCAUCCUCAAGAUCUUAUCCCUCAUGGAGGUUGAAAUCCCAGGCACCAUCAGCUCAUGGGUGGUUAUCUUCAUCCUGCCCAUAAACAGUGCUCUAAAUCCCAUUCUCUACACUCUGACCACACGGCCCUUCAAGGAGACCCUGCUGCAAGUCUGGACCAACUACAGGCAGCGUCGGCCAUUGCUCAGCAGUCACCCGGCCCAUCAUCCUUCCUUUACUUGGCAAGAAAUGUGGCCUCUGCAUGAAAAUAGCCAGAAUGUAGUGUCUCCAGAGUACCUGGCACAUCCAUCUGAGAUGUCCUGCACCUCAAGGACUUCCUAGCUGCAACCCAUGGACAAGCGAAACAGGGCAUGAAAUGUUACACAGGGAUCCUGCUCAGCCUUGGGCCCAUUCCUGGGAAAAACACAUUUGUUUGUGUGUUUAUUAACGCAUACAUCCAUGAUCGUACAUUCAUACUACCGAGUGACAAAGCAGCAGGCCUCCAUUCAUUUCCUAUGGAAGUGUGUGACUCGGAGCGGUUUUUGGAGUGUGAAAUGAAAUCGAGCAUUUCUCAGUUUUAUGCAGCAUCACGUAUGAUGUGUCCAAACUAUCGGAUCCACAGUCUCCCAGGUUCCCAACAUAACUUUCCUAACAUGAUCUCUGUAUGCACUUGCCUCCUGUGAACUUCAAAGUCAAGCAGACUUGGCAGAGAUUACAGAAAAAUGGAAACGCCAUUCUGUUCCAGUUUUAGUAGCCAUUUUGUUGCUUAAUAAUAAUGUGAAAAAUAUGGCUUGUGUCCUAAAUAUCGCUAACUGUGUCCUAAAUAUCGCUAACUGUGUGCUGAAUAUCGCUAACUGUGUGCUGAAUAUCGCUAACUGUGUGCUGAAUAUCGCCAAUUAGUCCAUUUCUGGAGUGAGAAUUCACAUGAUUGUGUAAUAUGGUUUCUGUCUAAGCCCUUUCUUUUCUUUAUAAAUACAAAUAAGGUUCAUCCCCCUAGGCCCCCCCCCGGGCCCCCAUCCACAUCGUCAACAAAUAGCUUGAAGUGGAUUUUGUUUUACUUUUGUACAAACAAGAAAAGCAGUACCACCAACGUCUGGGGCUGAUUUAUUUCUAGCCCAGACUCAAACGGUAAAUUCAUGCACUCAGUCGUGUCAAGUGAUUACAUUUAUUUAAGCCCGGUUCGCUGUCACAUCCAUAACAACAGUGAUUGAGAAGGCAAGAAUGGAGAAUAAACAUGAAUGAGGUGAAUUACCUUCUCGAUAAUUCUUGUUUGUUUGUUGUUUUAAUUUUCUUUCAAAAUGCCUUUCGAUAAGCUGGAAAUAACGUUGUCCAUUUUAAUUCCAUGGGGCAAAAGUCCAUUGUGUACCUUGACUUGAACACACGAGCUGUCUAAUUGCUUUUCUGUUUGCUAUUCAGAAGAGGCACUGCAUAAUUAUGUUCCUAAAACAAUUAAGAAGUACAAACACUGCUGUCUGUCUGUCUUACCAACAAUGUGUUCCUGUGUGUAUGUGUAAUAGGCUUCUUCUGACAAUGAGACCUGAUACUAAAAGACUUAACUUUGAUGGUGUUAUAAUAGUAAAGGCGAGUUAGUGAUAAGUCGUACUCAAUUACAUAAAGAAUCUACACCAUAUAGUACAUCCACAAGAUACAAAAUACCAGUGAGAUCAGUGACAUUUGCCUUCUAAUGUAAACCCAGUUCAGCAAUCCAUUGCUAAUGGAUGUUUUGCUCAUUAUUAUGCUAAUCAUAGUAAUUAUGUUGAACAAUCAGAAAAAGUGUUGGAUAAUGAUCACUGUUUCGCCAGAAAUCCAACCUUCGUAUGACAUCACUCUUUUUUGUAUUGACUAGCAUGGAUGUUUCUGUCAGCAAUGAGUAAUGUUCAGUUAUUGGAUAGUCGAUGUUUAGUUUCCUUUUUUCACGUUUCAUGAGGUACAUGUGAAUCUGUGUCGUAUUAUGAUAGCACUUUACUAUAAACUCAACACAAAUAAGCAUCUAUUAAUACUUACAUACACCGCAUUGGCUUUGGACCAUAGAUUUGGAUGUUUCACAACGAUAUUAAUAAUGACAUAGCCAUAAACUAAAUUAAGUCACGAGGCUAUCUUACUUGAAAGAUUACUACAGUAUGUAGUGAAUUUUUAGAAAAUAACACCAUAAUAGCCAGUUGACAGUCAACAAAAUGCAGUCAUCUAGCUUGUUCUGCAGCCGGACUACAUCUCAAGAACCACACAAAAGACUGGAAACUAGUUUUUAAAACUCUCAUUGGAAUUGAAAAAGGCAGACUCAUUUUUCUUCUCUUUCGCAGCUUUCACAUAUACACAGGAUACUAGUUCACCGUGGUGCACACAUUAUUAAUGUAUUCCAUAAUCCCUUUUUCCUCUCCAAAUCUUUGCAAUAUAAUAUAUCUUACAGUAGAACCGGUUCCAUACAUCACAGACACACUGUCCGCACAUACACUUUGCAUUUGUUUGUAAUAAACAAAUAAAUAAAUAAAUAAGAUAUUAGAUUCAUUUCAGAUUAGUUGUGAAAAAAACAAGCUCAUGGUGGCCACGGAGUAUUUUUAAAUAUCCCAAUUUGGCUUACAAAUCCAGGACCCUGUCAUUAACUCUCAAACAUGGGGCAGCGUGAUGCCUGUCCCAAUGGGCCUCUAUUAGUGCUGAUUGCAGUUUUGACCACUAGGUGCAAUAAUAACGCUAUGGGACAGUAAACGUUCUGCACCAUGACUGCACAACAUCUAGAAAGGUGAGAAAUGUCAUAAAGAAGAGGCCAUAAAACUGGUGGAGUUGUGAAUGAGGACUUUAAAUCUAAUAUCAAAUAUAUUUGUAUAUAUGAUAUACAGUAAAAGGUGGGGCUCUGGACCACUUGCGAGUAGCUACUGCCUUAACACAUUUACUGAAUCUUACUGAGUUAUAUAUGAAUAGACAUUUAUAAUAUUACGUUUUGACAUCUUGUUAAAGCACUUUGCCAAUUAAUAUCCUUAUCGAGAGGUGGAAAGUAUCCCUUAAAGCCCUAGCUUACUUAAUUAUUCAGCUUUAAGCGUAUAAUUCACUAACUACCAUGAAUAAAUUGGCUUGAUUGUGAUGAUGAUGUCUUAAACCAACUUGUUAGCGAUGAAGCGUUGCAUGAUAACAACACGCAUCCCAAAUGAUGGUAAAGUGCUACUCAUUGUAUUUGCACAAUCAUCAUGGACUUUUUUUUUUUUUUUGUGAUUGUUGCAGCCAGAAUGUUUGAUUUUGCUGCGGCUUUUUUCAUUUUGUGCUUUUCUUUGCGGAAAGCUACUUUUUCAGUUGCAGGAAAUUGUUUCGCACGGCCUUUCACGGUGAUGUUUGUUGGCAAAUGAGACCUUUUAUCUGUACUCAUGCUCGACACAUGAAUUAAAGAGGGCUUUUGGCUGAACAACUUUGGCAUGUUGUGAUGAAGCGUCUUGGCCCAAAUCUGCGUAAAAUCUGCCAUCAAUUUGAGAAAUUGCAAGCUUCUCCAAAUAUUGAGGAGUUGAGUUGAGCAUUCAGUUCUCCGAUCGCAAAUUCAAGAAAUCCUGGAUCCAUGUUCCUAUGUUCCUUCAAGCACAAAUCAAACUUUUAUUGAUUCCCAAUGGAACAGAAUUCUGUUGUUUCUUUUGUUCCGUUUUCUCGUACUGUGAUAGUGUAUUGUAGAAUUUUUUGUUUAUUCGAGGUUGUGCUGUUUGAGAUAUGACGAUGUCAUGUGGCCAAAUAUUAAUGUAGUGAAUGAUGAGCUCAAUUCAUUACCGCAAUGCUUCAUGCACUUGAUUGGUGACAUCUCUGAUUAGGUUUUCUCUUAUGAUUUGAGUUUUAUGGAUUUGUUUCCACUUCGGUAUUUAGUUUAUAACUUAUAAGCUAUCAAGGUUGAUGCUGACAUGUAUUUUAAUCAAAUGAUGUGGUAUAUUUUGCAGCGAUCACUCACGCAAAAGCUUCCCAUGUUUAAUAAUUACGCUUUAAUGGAGCAAGGCUUCUUUUUUUUUUUCUCUCUCCAUCUAUUACUGUGUCUCCUGUAUAAGUGUCAUGGAUAAUGAAUAUAUAAAAAAAAAACCCCAUUAGUGCCACUCUGUUUGAUCUUUUCAUUUUAUUUUGUAAUGAAGUGCAUAAUUUAUAAAAACAUAAUAUAUUUCCUUUUACCAUGGUCAAGGACUAGAGAGCGAACGAAAAGAAAAAAAAAAAAAGACGUGGAAACGUCCAACCAAGUGACCUCAGACUGUCUGGAUGCAAAAAUAAAUGUAUAAUGUAAAUGUACGAGUUUGUGUCAGUUUAUUUAUGGAGUGCUGUGACAUUUUUGCUUGCCUCGAUUUCAAUUUCACCAUUAAAGCAGCGCGGCCAUGUAAAGCUCUUUGCUAUAUGUGAGAGGAUUAUACAGAUGUAUGCAGAUGUCUGAAAUGCUCCAAUGCAAGUCACACUAAGAAUGAGAAGAUUACACAGCCGUCAUAUCCAGACCUGAUUAGUGUCCAUUAAACUAAAGAUUUAGAUAAGGUUUUUUUUUUUUCCAUGUAAAUGUAAAUGAGUAACAGGAAUGUAUUAUUUCAUUAU